GUCGCUGAAACGCAAAGGAAAAGGGACGUCGCAGCGCUGAUCGCGCGCAUCCACCCCUCGUCAACCAACGAACCCUUGCUGCCAAACCAACCCCGGGUCUCUUCUCUUGCCCUUCUCAUUGGUUUUGGUUCUGGUUCUGGUUCCUUUUCCUUCCCUUCGUUGGUGCGCAUGCACCGACGACAGAGCAGAAAGAAGGCAUCGAACAAGAUCAGAUGGGGAAGACGGCGACGGGGCGGGCGGAGGAGGACGUGGAGGCGGCGUGGGCGGCUGCUCCCCAGCAGGAGGCGUGGGUGGCAUGGCUGGUGCCGGCCUUCGCCCUCGCCAACACCAUCGCCUUCGCCUACACCAUGUACGUCAACGACUGCCCCUCCUCGCACCGCCUCCUCCUCGGCCCCCCCUACAGCUACUACUAUUCCUCCCCUUCUUCUUCUUCUUCCUCUUCCACCUGCGUCUUCCCCUCCCUGCUCGGCCGCUUCGCCUUCGAGCCCUUCUCCGUCAACCCUCUCCUCGGCCCCUCCCUCCGCACGCUCGACAAAUUGGGAGCGCUUAAUUACGCCGAGGUAGUGGAAGGAGGCCAAGGGUGGCGUCUUAUUGCUUGUAUAUGGUUACAUGCCGGGGUCGUCCACUUACUUGCUAAUAUGCUGAGCCUCUUAUUUAUAGGUGUUCGUCUUGAACAGGAAUUCGGAUUCGUUAAGAUUGGUAUGUUGUAUUUACUCUCUGGAUUCGGUGGGAGCUUGAUGUCUUGCUUGUCUAUUCGUACAAAAAUAUCCGUUGGUGCAUCUGGUGCACUUUUUGGCCUACUGGGAGCUAUGCUAUCUGAGCUCAUUAUGAAUUGGACGAUAUAUGCGAACAAGUUUGCAGCACUUUUGACUCUGAUUGUGGUAAUAGCAAUCAACUUGGCUGUUGGAAUCGUUCCGCAUGUGGAUAGUUCUGCACAUAUUGGAGGAUUUAUUUCUGGUUUUCUGCUUGGAUUUGUUCUUCUGAUUCGUCCUCAGUUUGGCUGGAUUAACCGCAAGCACAUCCCUCCGGGUUACAACAUUGAACUUGUGAAACCAAAGCACAAAACUUAUCAGCAUAUCUUGUGGCUUGUUGCUAUAAUCCUACUAAUUACAGGAUUCUUGAUUGGAUUGAUAAAGCUAUUUCGUGGAGUCUCAAAGCAACACUGACUACGCACUUUUAUAGUAUUCUCUGCUGCAACCCUGGAAUUACAUUAAAGUAAUACAUAGCCUGGCAAAAAAUUUUCAAGUUAUAGCAUCUGGCUUUGCUUUCAAGAAUCUAUCCUGAAGAGUCUUACAAGUGAGGGAGAAGCAGGUUUGUCAUUGCCUGUUAGAUGAAAUGUUCGUGAUGGCAAGGAAAUGAUCUAGAAUUGCAUAGCUUCAUCAAGAAGGCGCAAAGAGGGUGGGAUUGGAAGCUGUUGUCAAUUCAAUGCAAGGCAGAGAUUGGUAUGGACAAUACGGGCAAGCAAUAAGAAGCAAUAAGUUAUUCUUCCUUGCUCUCUCUCUCUCUCUCUCUCUCUCUGAUAGUGUCGUGUUUAGCUUGGAAAGUGCUGCUGUGUGCUAUUGAAAAUCCUUUGCUUGUGCCUUUCAAAAGAAAAGAGAUGUCUCUUCAGAAGUGGACUAGAACCCACUGAAACUUUUGAGUCUUGUACAGAUCAGUUUUGCAAUAGUUUUGCAAUGAAUAUUAGAUACUGUUAUGCCACAUGUAAAUAAUUGAUGCAUUACCGUAGCAACUAUGAUGCGGUCCUAAUCCCAUGGACACUAGAGAUCUAAGUAUAA